UGGGAUCAAUGUAUGGGAUCAAUGUGUGGGGAUCAGUGUAUGGGAUGAAGUAUGGGAUCAAUGUAUGGGAUCAGUGUGUGGGAUCAGUGUGUGGGAUGAAUGUAUGGGAUCAGUGCGUGGGAUCAAUGUGUGGGAUCAGUGCGUGGGAUCAGUGCGUGGAUCAAUGCGUGGGAUCAAUGUGUGGGAUCAAUGUGUGGGAUCAAUGUAUGGGAUCAGUGUGUGGGGAUCAUGUAUGGGAUCAAUGUGUGGGAUCAGUGUGUGGGAUCAUGUGUGGGAUCAAUGUGUGGAUCAAUGUGUGGGAUCAAUGUGUGGGAUCAAUGUGUGGGAUCAGUGUGUGGGAUCAUGUGUGGGAUCAGUGUGUGGGAUCAAUGUGAUGGGAUCAAUGUGUGGGAUCAGUGUGUGGGAUCAAGUGUGUGGGAUCAUUGUGUGGGAUCAGUGUGUGGGAUCAGUGUGUGGGAUGAAUGUGUGGGAUGAAUUGUGUGGGAUCAAUGUGUGGGAUCAAUGUGUGGAUCAAUGUGUGGGAUCAAUGUAUGGGAUCAAUGUGUGGGAUCAAUGUGUGGGAUCAAUGUGUGGGAUCAAUGUGUGGAUCAUGUGUGGGAUCAAUGUGUGGGAUCAGUGUGUGGGAUCAAUGUAUGGG